AUGGCUGAAAUCACCCUCGGAUUUGAUGAUAUUUUCAAAGAAUGCUGUCCAAAUGAAUUCAACGAAUUCGGACUGAAACGUGAAAUGCGCUUCAUCAGUGAGCGUAUUAUUGUUGAAUAUGACCCGACCGACCAUCUUUCGGUCCGUGAAAUCAUGCAUCCGAUGGACGCGUUUCGCAGUAAUGAGCCGUAUUUCAAACACAAACUUGUCGACAAAUCGAAGAACCAAUUUGUGACGGCGAUCGAUUUUCAUGAACAUAUCACUUACUUUCCAUAUGCAAAAAAUACUGGUGACCUUUGUUUAGCGCGGUAUAUCAGUAAUUUCAAUGAUAUCAAUUUUGCUAAGAUCAGUGGACAAGACCUCUGCUCAUUGCCGGGUGAAACUGUCUACGGACUGCGUGUGGGCCGUCUUGAUAAGGGAAUGUUGGCAGUCAACCAUCGUACCGGUUCAUCUGUAAAUAGUACGGUUACCGUUAUUGAUCUUGUCAGACCAGCGAGAAACCUUGCUCACUAUGAUUCACUUAUUCCUGUAAAUACAAUUGACUGGGUUUGGCAUAAUCCAUUCCUACUUGCUGUCGGAGACGAUAAUUCACUCCGUAUUAUGGACGUCCGUUGUCCGAAAGCUUUCAACGCAGUUUUCUUUGAGGGAGGUGUUCAAAGAACCGCACUAUGCUCAACACGACCAUUGGAGAUAGCUUGCUGGGAUGGAUCCAAUGUCCUUUUGUAUGAUGUACGCCGACCGGAAGUGCCCUGUGCUAUUUAUGAUAUUGGACUUCACAAAGACGAGAGAAUUAUCGAUAUGAAGUUCAACCCGUACAUUACUAACGAGUUAUUUGUACAUACUAGUAAGCAUCGUGUAUAUGCAAUGAAUGUCAAUCCGGCUCACCUUGUUGGAGGACGUGCAAUUGGCGACAAACCGUAUAGGAAAUGGCAAGUCAUCACUUUCAAACACAUUGACAGAGGAUGCACUGCAACUAGACAUUCUCUAAAGCGACGUGAGACAAUGCCGUUUGAAAACGAAGAGGUGCCACUACUGGACUACUACCAUCAAUACGAAGCUUCUAAAAACGAUCCCGUUGUCCCUGUGCCAAAUCACUGGAAGUAUCCAUCUAAAGCUGACAAGUCGAUCUUGGACAAAGUUCACAAAAUCCCUGAGAUUGAUUACGAGAGUUACUUGUACAAAGCAGUAGAACGUGUUUCUGCAGAUGGCGAUUUUGCUACAGUGAAGCCGAAAGUUUUGUACCAAGCGAUUGGAGUUGAAACGUUUGAUUUUGUAUUCCCGGGAGUCAAUGCUAUCAUGUGCUUUGACCGUAGUGACUAUUCCUACAGAAUCGUCAGAAGUCCAAAACACUACGAAGGAAGUAUCAAUCCUUAUGCUGGUUCCGACUCCGUUCACUUCUAUCGAGGACUUCAAAUUCAAGAAAUGAUCCCUGCACAAACUCUCACAAUGAUGUGUAAUCGCUUGGAAGAGGGAUGGAAUGCUUAUCAAGUCUCUGAAAGGUCCUUGAAAAGACUUGCUUUCACUAUCACCGAGGAUACACGUUCUAUUUGGUCGGAUUGGCUUCGAAACUCUGUCAUAAUGCAAUAUGGUGGAAACGAGUUUGUUAAAAUUGGGAAGGAUGGUUCGAAAUGGAAGGAUUAUGUCUCACUUCCUGAUGGAAUUCUACCGGAACCAGAAAUCCUUCCUUAUGAUAAAGCAAAAGAUGAUAUUGCUACUGAGGAAAUUUGUCAGAUGGUUGCUCCAUUCUUUCGACUUUUUCUGCCGGACCCUCGACCAGAUUUGCAAUCAGAUUCUGAAUCAGAAAAUGAAGACCACAAUGCACCACCUCCAAAUCCAUUCCUCAAGACAGUGCACCCAGAAACUGGAUUUCCAACGGGAUUGUCGGACAACAUGAGAACUCUGUGCAAGUGUCACGCGAAACUUCGUUACUACAACAAGAAGGAAACGGAGAGAAAGUAUAUGUACGCUUCUAUGGGCAACACAUUCUUCAUUGGUGCAAGCAAACGGAUUCGCGAGAAGUUCUUUAAACUUGGUUGGCAGGAGAUAACAAAACCUCAAAUUUUGGCUCAUCGUCUGAUGAUUGACACAAAAGUCAAAAGACGUCGAAUUAUCGACGAACUUCCAAAGUUUCAACGCUGGAAAGCAAGAGAGUUUCAGAAGAGAGUUCUGCCACCGAAGUUGAUCACUGACUCUUCAUCGAUAUUCAUGAAACCUGAAUACAUCAAGGAACGUGAGGAAAAAGAAAGAGAGAUGAGGGAAAAAGCUGCACAACCAAUUCAAGCUCCGAUCGGAUUAUCAAUGCCAAAAUCUAAGAAAAAAGAACCAAAGAAGGCAUCAGUUGUACCCGAUGUCUCUGGUGAAGAGGAUCCAGAAAAGGCUCGUUUCAUGAUUCGUGCAGCAAUUCAACUGGCGGACAACAACAGUUCUGAUGAUGAGAUACCUCUUCCAAAACCUGAACCAACUCCUCCACCACCACCACCGCCUGCUCCAGGCACUGCUCCAGUGGCAGACAGACAUGUCAGAACACCUCAAGCUUUAUCCGUCAGAAAUGAGAAAGAUGAUUUCGAGUACGAAACUCCAGAAGAUGCUUACUUUGGAAUCAAGAAGAAGAGAAUGUAUGUUGUGUAUCAACCAGCAACUGCACCUCUCGGAUUGCAAAGAUACAAGCCGGAUCGACUCGCAGAGCACACUUUUGUCAAACGACUUGAACAUCUGAUGUAUUGGGGAAGACGUCGACAUGAGCGUGAUAUUCUUUAUGGAAGAUAUGAGGAGAAUGACAAGAGACAGUCGAGUAUUAAGGAAAGAGUUACUCUAGAUUUGAAGCUAGCUCUCAACAAUCACAUGAAAGUUGGAUGGCAGACAUUCUACGACAAGAAUUACUUUUUCUCGAACAAGUGCUCUUACAAUCAAAUCCUUCGGAAGGCUGUGCAGUUGUAUAACCGUAUGUGCAAUGAUGGACAAUACAAUCUGUCCACCAAGCACGUCAGACACGAGCGAUUGUUCUUCGGUGUCAAACCAAAGAUGCUGCUUAACAAACCAUCAAUGGAGGAGAUUCUUGACUUAAGGAAAAACUGCUCAGUAAUUGCAAACACUACUAUUGGAGCAUACAAUCAGUUCAUGAACUACCUUCAAACACAACUUCCAUAUCAAAUUGAUCACAAUAUUUUUAUUGAGAACUUUGAGGGCGAUGUUUCGAAGCAGGUGGAAGCGCGAAUUCCGAUUUCAGAGAAAAAACCAACUGCAGUCUAUGAUGAGGAGGAGAAGUACAUGUUCCCAAUGGGUAGAUUGAGAUUUUGUGAAUAUGAUAUUCCACCAAACUUUAUGCGUGAAAUCGAAAGACGAAGAAUACCUGUUCCACCCAAGAAACGUAAAUGCUACUAUCUCGAGGACUACGAACUCCCAUCAUCUAUCAAGGCUGAACUACCUACGAUUCGGCGAAGCCCAUCUUGUCCUGAUCUUUCUUUCAGUACCAGCUCGACCGAAGCAGUCAGCUACCAAGAUGUUUCUUCUGACGCUAUUCGUCGUAUUAUGGCUAACCAGAUCCUCGCCGAUUUUCAAGGUCGGAUAGGUACACGUGAUCAUUAUGGACCGGAGUUCUUUGAACCGAAUCUGUCGGAAGAAGCACAACAUCAACUUGGAUUGGAUAAAUACCAAGUGAAUCACAAUGUGAUCUGUGCUAUUACCGAACCCACAAAGUUUAUCAAUUGGGAUUCACCUAUGAUUGCUGAUACUGAUCGAAAAACUGGGGAAAAGUUCAUGAGAAGAGUCGUUCCAUUCAAAGAGCCGCAACCACCUCGUCAACUUGAUCAUAUUGACCCUAUGUUCGAAUACGUCACAAUCGAAGCGAUGUUGGCUGCUGCAAAGAAUCUCCACGUUUCCUACAUCUUCAACGAUCCAAUUCUUACUACUUGGCCAGGUCUUCAGAUUUUGGAUGAAGGACGAAAUGAAAUGUUCACACUCUGUCCGAAAAUUCCCAAGAGACGAAACAAUGUUCCAAUUGAACUUGAAAAGUCACCACUUGUUGUACCCGAGAAAGAUGCGCAGUUCUACAGAGAUUUUUACACUGAAACUACUCUCGUUGGUCGAGAUGCUCCAAAGAAUCGAAUCCGUCCACCGGUUUUUGAGGAGCACAGUAUCAACAUCCCUCAUGGUUUGAUCGAUCUACUCAAACCAGGAUACUACGGAUAUUUCGAGUGUGAGUAUAAGAGUCGCUACAAUGAAGACCAAGUGUACGAGAUGAAGAAUCGACGAGAACUACAACAAGCUAUUAUGGAGAGAAGAAUAAUCACUUUCCGUCAACCAGUGAUUGAAGAAACGGAGCAAGAGUUAAUGAGUGAGGAGCAUGUGAACGUGGAAGAGGAUGACUUAAAGACAACAUCUGAGGAGAGUGAAGGUGAAGACGAUAAGGAUUCGGAUAAUAUCAAGGAGGAUUCUCCAGAGAGACGGACUGGUGACGGCGUCAUUGAAUUCUGGAGAAUGUUUGACGGGGUUGGUAUUAUCAGUGACUCGGAUGAUGACACAGAAGAGAACUCUGUCAGGAGAAAAGUUGGAAUGUUCUACACAGGAGCAGAGACUCCAUCACCAAGCAGAAUCAACCCACACACAAGAGCCAAUAUGCGAAAAGUUUCUGUUGAAGAGGAGGAAAGGGAUGAUGAACCACACAAGUUAGGAUCUGUUCUGACGAAUCUCUAUGACGAGGACGCGGUGAAACAGAAACGUCGCGGUGACUGUCCGAUAGGAAGUCCAAGGAAGAGCAGUAUCAAAAUCCCUGUUCACCCGGAACUGCAUCCAGUUGUAGCACCACUUGGAGCAGUUGCGAAACCUACAAAAACCGUGUCAUGGGGAGAAAUCACCGAGCACCAUGUACCAUCUUUGCCCAUAUUCCGCAAAUCUCGUCGUCACAUUGUGGUGGACCCGGCGUUCUUCAGAGAUCUACACACCACACCACAAACCGCACCGCAACUAGCUCGGCGAGUCAGAAGUACAGACAACUUCCAAUCAAUAAGACCAGGUAGAAAGAAUAGUGAUCCAACAGCUGUUCACCCCAGAGGACUUCCACGUAGAUCAAGUCUGGAUCAGUUUCUGAGGAGAGACGCUCCCAUUACCUGCUCAGCUUGUAUUCAAGAACCAUGGCCUACCAAGGAGGAAUGUAUUGUUUGUAAACCAGACACAACAAUCUAUCGAUGCACCAACAUUGUGAAUCUAAAGUUGCCGUGUCAUGUGUGUGGAAGUAACAUCUACAAAUUCUCUUGCAAGAACUAUGAUCUUCACUCUCAAUACUCAAACAAACUCUAUUACCUUAUCCAGAAGCGCAAGAAAUGCCCUGUGGAUAACACGUUCCGAGAGAAAUAUGCAGUCGAGAGCGAUCCCGUGCAACACGAAAAGACGCCGGCUAUCUGGAAUGUCCAGGCUUACAAACCAGGAAACGCGGCUGUUGACACCCUUCUUCAGAGAACCGACGAACGGUCGUUCACAGCGUCUCAGAAUAAUCAGCUCUCUGCACUUUUCCAUCGUGAAUUCCAGUGGGUUACUUGGCAAAUGGAUGAUGAGAAAGCGGAAAGAGUUGUUGUAUCAGAAGAGUUUGAUGUGGCAUUUGACAGAGAUGCUGAUAUCGAUAUGAUGCGGGAUACCAUGAACACCAUCAGUCAAGACGGUGACAUGGACAUGAUGACCACAUAUGAUCAACGUACUGGUAUGAGAAUCCGUCGGUGGAUCAGUUACGCUGCUCUGGCAACUCGAGUGCAAAAGCAAAACGAAAAGAUUCGGUAUCGAAAGAUGUUGGCUGAUCGAGAAGCUCGGAUUCUUGCUGGCGAGAUUACGGUCGUUCCUGCUCUGCUGUCUGAGUUGAAAAAGAAGGCUAAAGACAAGGAGGUUGCUGCAAACAAAGCUACAGAGAUUGAUGAGCAGAAAAGAGCAGAAGAGAGACGGAGAGAAUACAAACUGUGGAAAAAACUGCCGAUUCCUGAGUUUCCCGAAGAUCCAAAGAAGGAAAUGCCUAACUUUGCUCCACCAAAAUCAGAAGACUGGCUGGAAUCAUCUGGAUCAGAAGAUGAACUUCCACCGAUCCGAUCUCGUCAACUGAGCAAAGAACUUAAAGAUUUCAUUCAAACGAUCAGAGUUCACAUGGACAGUAAACCGAAGAACUUUGACGGUUUCCGCGUGACUUAUGGAAAACUCUUCGAGAGGCGACCUAUCUUGAAAAAUGACAUUGUUCUUGUCACAAAGAAAAGAGUCUUGAAAAGAAAACCACCAGUCUUCAAAAUCCAACGCAUUCCACUUGAUGAGACUUGGCUCAACUCUUCACUUACGGUAGCUUUCCAACCUGCACCGAUGGAAAUGAAAUACCCGAAAGACUCCAACAAGUGGACUGUUCCAUUUUACAUGUCCAACCUUUUGGACCUUAAUGCAAAGGAAACGAAGGAUAGAACUUUCCGACCGCCAACACCACCUCCUACUAUUAAGGCGGAGUACAAGAAGAUGAAGAAUAUGGAAAAAGCAUAUUAUCAUCAGAAGAGAGUUGCUAGACUGGCAAUGCUGAAAAAAGCCAGAGAUGCUCGUCAGCUGAGAUUCCACAAGAAAGUUUACGGUCAUGCCAAAGUUCCAUCAUCCAAACCAAAAGCCUGGACAAUAGCUUAUCAUCGAAUGCUAGAAGCCAAACGAGCUGCAGCAAGACCAUCAGCAAAGAUCGGUCCUCCACGUAUUCCGGAUAACAAGAAGUACAUUUUCUCCUAUUACCCGGAAACAUCUUCCGAGAAGAUUCCACUGAGCAAACGAGAGCAGUCACGCAUAUCUUCGCCAAGUGAUAGUGAUUAUUGUCCAAUUAUUAAACUUCCAAGAGUGAUUAAGAUCGAACGAGAAGACUCAGAAGAAGAAAAUAUUUCUUAUUCUGAUGAAGAAGGCUAUCUGCUACCUAACCUGAAUCAUUCACCGUUUGGAAUAAUCGACCGCAAAAAACGACAACUGAAUCGACAGACUCAUCCUGCAGAUUCUCAACCAAAGCCAGCGUUGAAAAAACUUCCGGAAACUGGUCACUUUGUGAGACGUAUAUCCGCUGUCGAAGAGAUCUCUUCUUGUGAUUUACCAUCCACUAUCCCCAAUACUUUGGAAAAGACAACAAUCCAUAAGAAAUCAGUCGGAUUCACAGAUGAGAGACCAGAAAUCAUUGCACCGGAGACCCCAGAGCUCCCAAGGAAUCCAGUAUUUGCAUUUGUGGAGGACAAGCCGAUUGAUAACUUUUCCAAAGGAACUCCCGCAAUCAUUUUGGUAGACAACAAACCCAUUGCUCGAGAAAGUCGUGAACGCGUUUCGAAAGUCACCGUCAACACAAAAACUUCUGCAGAGACGAAUGUCAUAAAAUCCACUGCGAAGAAAGAGAAAAAACGUGAGAAACGCUCACCAACAAGAGCACCUUCUACUCCGGCACCUUACGUUAAGAAAUCACCGAAGGAGAUAAUGACGAGACGUUCGUUUUCUGUGGAUACUGGCUGCCGUUAUGCCAAAGUUGUGAAAAAACUCGCUAAAAAGCAUAACCGUGAUUUGUUGAAGAAACGGCAAGCAAAAGUGGCUGCAACUAAUUUGGUUCAGGAGCCAAGUGCACAAGAUAAAACAGUCGAUAAAUCAGCUGGAAAUGACUCGGAGUCCAGUUUGGAAACUGCUCCAACAUUUUCAAAUUUCUUACUGGAAUCAUCUGCUAAGUCUGUCAAGAGAACUAAGACGUUGAAAAAAUUCAAGGGGUCCAAACUUCCGAAAAUGAGCUGUAUUCGACGAGAAUUCACGAUGAAACUAAACCAAAUUCGGCGAUCCCGAGCUAGAGGAAUUCACACGGAACACCCAUUCCAACCACGCUGGUAUCCAACUGAACAUGAAUCUGACUCCGCUGAUCGGGAAAGUGAAUCUUGUUACCAACGACAACACAUGAGGUAUAAACGAUUCACUAGAUCUCAGAAAAUUCUUCAUCACGAUGCAACUCGCUCGAAAGUUCUGAACACAAUUCGGAGAAUCAGUGAACUCGAGAGACAGAAACAAUUGAUGAUGUGUGAGGAACCAAUGAAUCGCAAAGUUUCUGAUAUCUAUUUGUAUCCACAUGAAUCACUUCCAACAUACUGGGAACCAGAGAGAAAGAAAAAGAAAAAGUCCAAAACAUCCAAAAAGGCGGAGGAGUUCAAGCAAGUGAAAGACGGCGUGGAAAACGGAGUGGAUGAGAAUAAGAAAGAGGAGAAUGCGGAAGAAAAGACUGCGGAAGAGAAGAAAAAUGUUGAAGAUGAGUCAGAAGAAGUGAAAUCGGAACGUGAAUCACCGAAAAAUGGCAUGGACCAGCAGAAAUUGCUAAAGGAGCCUGUUGUAAAGGGGGACAAGACCGACGAUGACUUGAAGGAAGAAACGGUUGAUGAAUCUGAGGAAGAAGAAUCCGAAGAAGAAUUGGAGGAAAUGCUGGCAAAAGAAUCGCCAGAACCAGAAACUCCUCAAGCCGACAAACCUCAACCGAUGUCAUGGAGACAAAUGCUUCGGAAAUUAGCCAAUUACAAAGUCAACAUCAAAAGGAUCAAAUUGAGUAAUCUGAAACGUUUGAAAAAGAAGAAGAAAAAUUUGUCCGAAUGUAUUGAUCAGUCACCGCAAGAAGUUGAAGUAAUUGUGGAACCAACAGAGAAUCUGAAGCCAUGUCUGAAACGUGGAGUUGGUCGACGCUCACUGAACAUUGCUUCUAAGCCUGCGGAGACUAAAGACAACUUCGUUGGAUUCAACAAGACUCUCACUCUGGUCAAAAAAGCAGCGAGCGCCUCUGAUAAGGAAUCACCGUCACCCAUCCCGGAUGUCCCCUCGUUUUUGGAUAACUCGGAUUCUCAUCUAAACAAGAGUAACUGGUUGACAAGCACACGGAAACCAUCGAAAUCUAAAGAAGAGAAAGAGAAAGAAGUAUCCAUCAAGGGCGAUGUUCUAUUUCCACGGAUCGACGUUACUACUCCUAAAGAGGACCGAUCAGAUACAAACUCACCAAAUUCUCCAGUUCGUCUUUUGCGGCCAGUUGUUCCAGACAAUUCUGAAAAUCCAGAAAACGAAGCGGAAAUCGAUCCUGCUUCCUUGAUUCCUGCACCGGCUCCACCACCAAAAAUGCCUGCAGAUCAACAGUGGAGAGCAGCAAUGAUGGCACGGCGAUAUGUUGGCUCGAGUCGACCAGUUUCUGCUCAACAGGCCAAGAAAAAGGAAGAAAAAAAGAGUGAGGAUGGUGCCGAGGACAAGACAAAACAGGAAUCUUCAACUGAGGGAGCUAAGGCAGAUGCCGAUACCGCUUCAUCUUCUACUCCAACCUUGUACAAAGGGGCCGAUGAAUCAGAACCUGGACCGUCCACUGCUCCUGCCCAACUACCUCGAAUGACUGCUUCAAAAUCUCAUGUGAUGAAGACCUACACUGAACCAGUAGCAGUUCCAAAAGCUACAGCUCCUCCACCGACUAAUCCAACCACAUCGGAUAAACCAGGAGUUAAAGGAAUCUACCAUUCUGAUUCUUCAGGAGAUGAACAUGCUUGGCCAUCGGUAUCAAUUGCUGGAGAACUUGAAAAAAGAGAACCUAGUUCGAGAUUCAUCAGACAGGAGAAAGAAAUGAAGAGCAAGUCAAGAAGAGGAGAAGCCAAAAAGAGGAAACAAACCAAACCAAAUUCACCAAAAUCUGAUGAUAACGUUCCAUCUACGAGCCAAGUACCACCGGCUCAGCCGCCUGCACCAACUACUCCAAUCAUGCCUACAAUAACAACAACGCCAACCCCAAGAGUAGAAAGAAAUUCAUUUUUCACUGCGCUGUUUGGACGGAAAAAAGCACCACCACCUCUGGUUAUCAACACUGAGACGGAGAGCGAAGGCAGAACAUCGCCGCUUCUUCCUCGGAUCAAAAAACCUGAAACAGGAAAAUUGAUGAAGAGAUCUCCAACAUCUGAUGCUCCGAGACCACAUCCUAUCGAGCCGGAGACGAUUGUCAAAUUUGUUGAUGGAAAGCCAAUCUCGAACUCUCCAAACUAUGUGACACCAAUGUCCCAGAGACGUAGAAAAGCUGCAUCAGGCUCCGGAUCAGGCUCUGGAUCAGGAUCUGGGUCAGGUUCUGGAUCGGGAUCUGGUUCAGGUUCGGGAUCUGACAGUGAUGAUGAAUCUAAAAAGACAGGAAAACCUGCUGAGAAGUUGACAUCAGUACUGAAACCACCUACCGACUGCGAAGAAGGAACUUCGUCCCAAUGGAAGCAACCAUCUGCAAAAACUGUGCGAUUUGGACCAACAUCAUACGAACCACCAAAACCUCCAACUCCUGAACCACCAAAACCGCCCAAACCAGAACCGAAGCCAGAAGUCUCAUUUGAAACUCUCCGGGAACUGAUGCUCAAGGAAAUAAAAAUAAAGGAAGAGGAAGAAGCAGCAGCAAAACGACUCGAAGAGGAGAAGGAAAGGGAAAAAGAAGCAGAAAUUGUGGUUCCAGAAGAACUCCCAGCAGAAGUGAUCAUUCCAGAUGCUGUACCAACACCACCACCAACAAAUCCUCCACCAAAGUUUUCUUUCUUUGGAUUGUCACCGUUUGGCAAAAUCAAUAAGAGAAAACCAACGGAAUCUCAAGGACCUUCAACACCAGGAUCAAGUCUUCCAACACUUGAAGUGUCUUCAGCUGGACCAUCUACGUCAAACCCACCCGUUACAACUGAAUCAGUUCCUUGGACAUCUGCAAUAAAUUCCGAUUCCAAAGAACCACAUGCGUCUUCAAGUGAGGAUCCGAAUGUUAGACCUGGAAGACCAGGUAGACCGCAACCCACCGGACGACCAAUUCGUCGUAAAACCUCCACUCGGAGACAACUUAGAAUGGAUAUUCCAUCGGCGCUCCAACUUUCUGGCGAUCCAAAUCUCCCUAGACCUGCUCAACCAUCACCUGAAGCACCUCCACAACUAGAAAUCCCAACAGGAGUACAGAAGUACAAUCCGGUGUCUCAACGGAAGUACUAUAGUCGGAUGGGUCGGGAAUAUAAACCACCGAAAUCUCUGCCACCUUUGGUUUUGCCUGAUCCGGAACCGCUUCCUGCAGCUCUUCCUGCUCAACCAGCUGAGAAAAAGAAGAAACGAAGAAAGAGAAAGCCAACGCCUGUGGAAACAACAUUGGUUCUUGAUGGUACUGCGCACUUCAGCAAAUUGACAGCUGAAAAUUUGAAGUUGUUGGAACGUGAACAUGAGUACAAUGAAAAACCACUUUCACCGUCUGUCAAAGGAUUCUUUGACAAUCAUGAGAUGGAAAAAGUUAAAGAUGUGAAGAGCUUAAUAGAAGUCAUUGGUGAUAUAGAGAAGCAGCUGAAAUCUAUCGGCCCAGAUGAGAAAAUGGUUACAAUAAAAGCAAUGUUCAAUCCAAAAUUCAAUGAUUCAGUAAUCACCAAAACAGGACCAUCGAAAGAUAAACCAAAGUAUGAGACAGCUGCCAAUAAGUUGAGACGGAUGGAAAGUACUCGAAGAAAAAAAAUUGAUGAAAGUGGACUCUCCUCGUUGUCCAAACGGCAAUCAGCAAUCAAUGCAGUUCGUCAUGUCAAAAAAGUCAAAUUUUUCCAAACUCACAAUAGGCACAUGACAGCUCCGAUUGCAAGCAACUUCAAGCCCAAAUCAAUUCUCAAACCCCCGAAGCCACCUGUCACCUGGUAUUACCGUAUCGACUUCGAGGGUAACAAAUUGUACAUGAAGAAACUUGGUCCGAGCGACUGGCAGAAAAAAAUGGAUGAAAAACUCUCACCUCCUAAAGCUGAUGCCGUUGUGAGGAAGAAAAAAUCAACUAGCUAUUUGAGACGAUGGGCGAAGGUCAUUGACAAAGUUGGCAAAGCGAACAUGACACAACUUCUGGAAAGCGAGAACUUGAAAUUUGAAGAUACUCCAGAUAUGAAGCCACGUGGCAAUUCUCAACCGAAAGAUGUAUAUGUUGAUCUUCCGAAGUUUAAUCCUCUCCCACCAUCAAGAAGUUUGACAUCCAUAACGGUUUCAACCAAUGCUUCAUUAAACUCUCUUCUCGACGCCUUGAAUGCUGUUGAUGCUGCUACAACUAAUCCAGCUGUUCCAACAAUUUCAACAUUUGAACCUCGUACAAAUCUUGGAUCUCCUCCACCAAUCCCAACUGUCUCUUCCUGCCAAGAUCUUGUUUCCAUGGAUAACCAACCGAUUUCGAAAAGAAAACGAAACGUGUCUGAGAACAAUGUGGAUGAUGUACCUCCUCUUUCUAAGCAUUACCCACUGGUAUACAUUGGAGCUACAGUAUCCCGAUCACCAUCAACUUCGACCAGUGCUGUCAAUGUGACUGAAAGAGAACCAAUUUCAUCUCGGGCCCUCGAUGGAUCUGAAAUUCUCGAAUUUGUUGGAGAAGAAGCUCCGGCAGAGACAGUGAAACGGAGAUUGGAUCCAUUUGUUCGUCCAAUCAGUGCUCUUUUUAAAGCAUUCAGCUCAAACUCCACUGAAAUUGGCACAGAUGCAAUGUCUCGUUCACGAUCGACUGAGCGAUCAUUUGGAGGAUUCUUUGGACGAUCAUCUCCACCCAUGCCCGAAUUCCCGACAAGACACCGUUCUUCAUCCCCUCCCCAACGCCGUGUACGCAUCGGACCAAUCACAUCAAUCUCUCAAGGAUCAUCUGCUGAAGAUAUUCUUGCUUUGAUGCAAGCUGAGCCCAAUGCUCUUGAAAUAAUGGAGGAGUUGGCUAAUCCAAAGUUCCCACGUCUCGAACUGGAAGGAGAUUUGCCUGAGGGAAAACCGAUGUGGAGACCAAAGCUGAAAUUAAAACGGAGUAUGUAUACACAGUUGAGAAAAUUGAAGGACGCAUCGGAAAAGCAGAAAAAGCUUGAGUACCUUCAACAUUUCUACAAAUCGACGGGUGACCAGAUUUCUGCUGACAUCCAAACAUUGAUUACUUUCAAAUUGAAUAAAUACAUGAAGACGCAUCGGUAUCCAAGACCUUCACUGAGCUACAACUUACUCGGAAAGUACAAUCCAUCGUCUCUACAAAUUUCGACCAAUUCUAAAAGCGGAAUUCAAAAGACAUCUGCAAUGAUUGUCAAGAAGAUUAAAAAUUGUGAAAAACGUCUUGAGACCGCCAAGAAGAUUGUUCAAACGUCUACGCCUGGAUCUCUUUCGAAAAAAGAGCUGGUCAAACAAGCGAAGAGAACAUUGGAGGUUGCUGCCAGCAAGAAACCAAGGAGGAUUCCAGUUCUGUACAAAUUCAAAAGGACAUGCGUCAAGUACAAAGUUCAAGUGACAAUUCCAAACAGUUCUCGGAAAUUGCUAAUGCCUUGCGAGAAGAAGACUCAGACCAUUAUUGAUAAGAUUCUUCCUAUCGCUUUGGAAACUGUUCAAGAGGAAAUUUUGGAACCAGCUACUAAAUUGAAUAAGGAUACAGUUGUUUCGGAUAUUGAGGAGGACAGCAAAACUGAUGUGCUUUCUGAAUACGACGGAGACAACGAUGAAAAUGUGGAUGACUUCGAGGCGGAAUGGGCAGCUACUGCUAAACCUGCAAUCAUUCGGAAAAAUCAAAGAAGCAAGCUUCUCCGUAAAUAUUUCCAAUUCUCUGUCAAGAUGGCUCGAAAGAUUUCUCGUCGAUCGGUGGGAGUUCAGAAACCAUUUGUAUUCUAUGCAUUUAUGAGUCAACUCCGUGCCAGAAUGGGAAAGUUCAUGGAUAUUAGACGAAAGGAUCAGAAAGCAGAGAAAAUAAGGUCGCAGCUUCCUUCAAUAACUGGAUCUGGAAAAGUUCACAAACAGCGGAAAUGUUCAGAACGGAAAAAGGUGGCAGCCGCAAAUCGGAGACCAUACUUGAUUCGCCAUUCCUUAAAAUAUGGAUCGACUACUCCGAAACAAGUCGUUGUCGAGCAAUCCAGAUUCAAUUUCCUAAAGAUUGGUGCCAAACUUGAAACUUUCAUGGAGUGCUUGGAUGAAUACGUUGAUGUGGGAACACCAAUUAAACUGGUAUACCGGUCAAGAAAUACUCUUCUUCCAAAGAAAAUGUUCGAGACAAGUAAAAAACCGCUUGUUGAUCCAGUUUGUUACACAUCACCUUCUCCAUGUAACACAGAUAGUGAUUUCUCUGAUGAUACACCAGAAAAUCCGAAAUUAAAGGAGAAAAGAAGAUUCUUCCAACGUCACAGCUUGGAAUCCAUGUAUCACGUCAAGGGUUUACCUGGACUUAUCUAUCUGGCUCGUCUGGUUCAAGAACGCAUUGGAGAUGACAUUGAAAGGAAUAUUCCAUUCAGGGGACCUGGAAUGGAGAAUUCAAAUCUUGUCGUUUACAUGACACCAAUUCGUCGUUUGAUGUUGAAUUCCGUUGGAUUACGAAUGCCUGACCGUUUGGAUCAAAUCUACUUGUCCAAGUAUCAAAAUGAGAAGUUUGAGCUGUGGUUCGGAAGAUUGUACAAGAUGUUAUGUUAUGGUCGUGGCGACUUCUGCAAAUAUAUCAUCGAUAAAAUUGCUCUUGGCCAAGGACCUCCUAACAAGAAGUACGAGAAAAUGGACAUCACCUACCAGGCACAUAUCGUUCAUAAAUUGUACAAAAAGAUGAUCUACAUGGAGAACGGAAGAGAGGCAAAGCUAGCUAUCCACGAGUUCUUCAAGAUUGGAUUAGAUAUUGAUGAGAAUCCGUUUGACAAGACACUGAAAAUGGGACCAUACGAUCGAAUGCUCUACGGUCAUCCCCAACCAUGGAAUCGUGACAAUUGGAUUGAGGCGUGCGAUCAGUUCCUGAACUACUCGACCACCAAAGAAGAUGUUCUUGUCACUUGUCAAGCCUCACUUCUAGUCAUGAGAAUGAUAUUUGUUGGAGGUUACUCUCAGGAUAUUAUCGACCAACUCAUCACAUUGAAACUGCCAGUUCGUGAGAAGCUUCUGUUUAUCAUCAACUUGACACCACCAGAUAAUCUUGUGGAGAAUAUUGUGAAGAUGUUCCAUACUGUUCGAGGACUCGACCGUCUUCCAUUUGUUGGGUUAGGAUAUCACGCAGAUCCACUGCGUGUUCUCUUUGAAGAAGCGGUGGAAAGUGGUGAUCCUCAACUCAUCGCACACAUCGUCCGCGUGGGAAGAUGUCUGGAUCGUCGUUCAAGAGAACCAAUGAUGACUGAUUGUGGAUCGGAACACAUCAAGAACCGUGACUUCUCGACUAUGUUUGCCAAUAUCUUCAACAAUGGAAAGCCAAGACGACCAUACGGUGCUCCAACUAUGGAUGAGAUGUUCCCAUUCAGAUAUGUCCGUCAUCCAGAUGGAAGUGAAGUCACCGAAACAACAGAAGAACUGGCGGAGAUUAUCGAAUGCGAAGUGACACGGUACAUGGCUAUUUUGGAACUCACCAAGGGAGCUGCUGUAACCAAAGGAGAUUUGGAUCACAAUCCAAAGUUCAAUACGUAUCCAAGCAAAUUUUUCUUUGAUGUUCUCUGUACGGGGUGCAAAGUGAAUGUUGCAAAGGGACGUAACUUGGGACGUCUGGGUCGAACACUUUGUGUCUCUACAAUGCCGUUGAUUGAACAAGAUAAGGAUAGAAAAAGGUGGCCAAAUGCAAAAACAAUGUCUCCGCGUCUGACGUUCGAAAACUAUAUUGAAACAUUGGACCCUACUGAAAACAAGAUGCUGAUGGCUAAGGACAUUGAAGAAGAGAAAACAGACAUCACCGUUCAAGUCUUACCAUCUCGUUUCGGAUGUUUCCAGUGUCGUUUCUCACUUCCAAGAUGUUGUGUAUGCAUGUGUCCUUACUUGAAUGAUCAUAUGGACUAUGCUCUCAAAGAGUACAACGAGAGAUACUCUCAAUUCAGCGUUUGCAACAUUUGCAAUCACGGAGGUCAUGUCAAUCACAUUGCGGAAUGGUUCGCGUCUGAAAAGUAUUGUCCAGUUGCAGGAUGUGACUGCAGAUGCCUGAGACCAAAGCAAGUCAAGCAUCUCAAAGGAAGACUCCGCCGUCAUAUGCUUUUGUCAGCAAACAUGCGUGCCAAAUCUCAUCUCUGCAAUCCAGAAUGUGCUAUUGAAGCGGACAUCGAUGAAGGCUUCCUGCCAGAUCCAGAUCUGGCCUUGUUAUAUGACUAA